AAGGAGCGCGCCAGUUACUAGUCAGUCCGGUGUCCGACGUCAAACCAUUCAGUAAACGCACCGCCGCACGACUGUGUUCACUUGUGUUGUGUAGUCGUCACUCGUGCGUGUUUUUGUUUUUUUUUUGUCGUCGAUCGUCAAAUUAAUACCGUCUAGCACCUGAGCCAUUCGUUACGAUUAUUGCAACUGGUUUUUUUUUUUUAAAUUAUUAUUUGAUCUAUUAACUUAUUUUUUUGUUUUGGUGAUCUAAAAAAAAAAUUGUUAAUUAUUAAAAAAAAAUAAAUAAAUAAAAUCUGGUGAUAAAGAAAUUAUUAAAGUUCACAGUAUUAGUAUAUUGUUAUUAAAUCGAGUUUCGUGCGCCAGAUGCUUGCAGUGACAGUUGCCAGUGUUCCUCGUCGCCGGUGUCUCCAGGAGGAGUAUCGUUGUUAACCGCGCGCGCGUGUGUCGUCGCCGUACGGCGAUCUUCGGCGUGUGUGUUCGUCGCGCGCAGCCGUCGUCGUCUCACCCGAUGGCUCUGAACGCCACUACGUGUUACAACAAGGCGGUGAUCGCGGGCUACGGGUCGUCGUACCCCAGCCCGUUGGCCGCCGCCGCCGGCGUACCGUCCGCCCUGAUGGUGGCCGCGGCCGCAGGAUCCGCGAGCGGAUCGCCGUCGUCUCGGUCCGGGUCGUCCGGGUCCGGUACCGGGCCGUCCGGGUACCGCGUCAAGGACUUCAACGUGCCCCUGCACGUCGACUGCAGUGUCGAGUACGAAAUGCCCAGCUCGGCCAAGCCGCCGGUGGGUGGCAAGGUCGAGCCGCUGCUCAUGAUCCACCCGUCGUAUUACCGGAAGGCCGAGAGCCGGACCCGCAGCCUGUUCGUCAACAACAUGCCCGCCGCCGCUGCCUCGUCGUCCGGCCGGAGCAGACCCUCGGUCGCCGCGGUCGCGGUCGGUGGCGUCUGCGGUAGGACGGGCGUCUCCGCCGCCAUCGCGAACGCCGCCGACGGACCGCCGCCCGCGAAAAAACCGUACGCCGGACCGGCUCCCGGAGUGACCGCGUCCACCGCGGCCGGCGUUUACGGCAUGGUUACCGGCGCCGUGGCCGCCGCCGCCGGCGCGUCCCAGUGGCCCCCGUUGGGCUCCAGCGCCGAGCACCAACACCACGACGGCAAACGCACCCUGGACAUGGUCCAGCGGCAGUACCAACAGCACCUGCAGGCCAGUCUGCCGCCGCCGAUGAUGACGGCUGCCUUGCCCACCGACAAAACCCACAUGACAGUGCCGAAAGGGUGUUCUUGCUGCCAGGCGAAAUUAUUAAAGCGCAAAGCCCAACAACCGCCAUCGGUGCCUCAACAACAACCUCUACAACAACCACAGCAACACCAUAUCCACCAUCACCAACAACAACAACAACAACUACAACAACAACACUUAUCGCAACCAUCUCAUUUACAACAACAACAACAACACCUCCAUCACCACCAGCAGCAGCAGCAACAGCAGCAGCAACACCAUCAACAUCUUCAUCAUCAACAACAGCAGCAGCAGCAGCAACACCACCAUCACCAGCAGCAACAGCAACAGCAGCAACAACAACACAUCCAUCACCAUCAUCAUCAUCAACAGCAGCAACAACAACAACAGCAGCAACAACAGCAGCAACACCAAGAGUACCACAAGUCGAGGCAAAACGAACCGCAAACUCCGCAGUUGUGGGGUUUUAACGGUACCAUCGCAGCGGUGUUGCGUAACGAGUACGGUGGCAAACCGACGAAAACGUUGGGACGUAUCACCGACCCUAUCAACAACAUCCUGACGCCCACGUACAUGUUCUGAGCGUCGGAGUUGAUAUGAUAUUUUUUAUUAUAUUUUGUGAUAGACUGUUAAAACAUAUAAAAAAAAAAACCGCGUUCGGAUCGAAUAGAUCUACGAAAAAAAAUAUGAUAUAAUUAGGUAUUGGACUUGUACGGUUUAAUAAAUAAUAUUACAUACCUACCUAUAUUAUACGUUAUCAUUAUUGUAAUAUGUUAUGUACGCGCGCGCUUAGCGUGUCGCGUAUAAACAUAAUAAUAUUAUACAUAGUUGUAGACCGCGACGAGAAUAAUAUAAUAAUAAUAAUAUAAUAUAUAACGACGAUAAUAAAAAUAAUAUCAUUAACCAAAAAACCAAAAAAAAAAAAAUAUAUACAUAUAAUAUUUUAUUGUAUUAGCGUUCAAGUUUUCACCUGUUUUUACUCGCACGUCGUAAAACAAUGUAAAUGUGUAUUGUGAUCAUAAUAUUAUAUUGUUAUUAUCGUUCGUAUUAUAUACAUUUAUAACAAUAAUUAUGAUAAAUAAAUACACACGCAAACAUUUUUAUAUUAUCAAAUAUUAUGUACAUUAUUAUACAUGUAUGCGCGUGCAGUGAAAACAGCGUCCGGCCUACCACCCCGGUGUGGGGCGGGGGGUGUCGUGUGUCCGCCGCGUAUAAUAGUUGUCAAACGUGAGUUUUUGUUUUGUUUUUAGCGGACACCCCCUCCCCACGACCACCGGACGACUGGGACGUAGAGGUAUACGUUUAAUAUUGUAUAUGUUUACUUAUUUUUUUAUUAUUUAUUUUUUUCGAAAUACGACGCACGGACCCGGCGGUAGAAACGUGCGUCGUCGUCGUGUACAAAUAAUAUUAUAUUAUAAUAAUAUACUAUGAUGAUUCCAAUUUUUUUUUCUUCUUCUAGUUCGUGCGUGUCGCUUUUUGUUGUGUUGGCUGUGAAAUAUUGUGAUAAUAAAAUUUUUAAAAAAAUAAAUAAAAAGAAGAAAACGCACGAAAAAUUAACCACUCGCUGUUUUUCGAUAAAUCGAGAAAAAUACCAACCACCGUUUUCUCUAAGGGUAUAUUUAAUAAUAUAUUGUAUUAUAAUAGAUUUCUGCGUAAAGACUGAACGAAUAUAAUAUCUUAAAAAAAAUUAUAUGAAUAAAAGACUAGCCCUUUUACAGUAUAUAUAAUACAAUAAUAAUAAUAUAUAUAUAACAAAACAGUCAGGGGUAUGAAAAUACUGUAUAAGUUCCUUAUAUGUAUAAAAAUGAAAAUUAUACCCUUUUUUUAGUUUUCAUUGGAAUCGAUUGCAAACUUUAGACGUGUUAUGACCGACAAUUAUUUUUCGUCUGAUACCAAACGUAGACGUUAUAUUGUUAAAAAGAAAAUAGAAAAAAAAAAACAAAAAAAUAAAUUAUUUACAUUUUCUUUCGAUUCAUCGUCGUCAUCUUCAUUAUCGUCAUAAUAAUAUGAUAUUUACAUAAAAGUGUACAUUCCUAUAUAAUUUUAUCAUUAUACAUAUUUACGACUUAUUAGGUGUGCCUGUUUAAUUUGUGUAAUUUUUAUCUAGUCUGGUUGGAUAAUGGGCCAAAGAGCUAAACAUACAUAUUAUAUAAAUAAUAAUAUAUUAUAUUUUUUUCCUACGAUAGGGCAAAACAUUUACAGUGGGUUCGCGGGUAGGGGGGAGAGCUUCGUUCGGAAUAAUCACUCACAGGCCUAAUAAUAAUGAUAAUACGAUAGGGACUCGAUAAUGUUCGAGAAUAAAAACAAAAUUAAAUAAAUAUACACUUGAGUACACAUUAGAUAAUACAUUUUUAUUUUCUUUACAAACAAUAAAAAUCGGUCGGCCUGUGAUACACCUUAAUAAUUAAUUCUCUGACAUAUUUUCCCAUUUUUUCGUUAUCGUUUAAACUUUUUUUUUUGUUUCGAAUAACAUUUUAAAACGAAUGAAAUAUAUAACUAUAUUGUAUUUGUAAUAUUUAUUUUUAGAUACCACACGUAAUGUUAGCAUUCUAUUUGUAAAUUAGACGUUAGACAUAUAAAUAUAUUAUUAUUUUUUUUAGCCUGUACAAAAGUUUUUUUUUUUUUUUUUGUAAUUAUCCUAAUUUCAGGACGUGGUUUAUUUGUUAAAAGAAAAAUACCUAACAUGAGAAAAAACAAUUUAAUAAAUACACGAGAUUAUAUAAAGGAAA